AGGAACAAGGCUGCAACAUGCCCUGUUUUCUCACAGUUCCGUUUUAGGAGCUGGUCUUUGCCAUUUAUUCUUUGGAUUUAGUGUCACAUGCAUCACUGUCUUUGUUGUACUGGAUCCAGGAAUCAUUGGACCAUCCUAUGAGCAGAAAAACCGGCCAUCAAGAAACAGCCAGAACAACAGCUUAAAAUGUCUCUUUGAUCAUGCAAAAUGCUGUUGUGCAGCACUUAAUUAUUUGCUUGUGUUACAGAAAGCAAUAGACCUUGCUAGCAAGGCAGCGCAAGAAGAUAAAGCAGGAAACUACGAGGAAGCCUUCCGCUUGUACCAACACGCUGUGCAGUAUUUUCUCCAUGUUGUUAAAUAUGAAGCACAGGGUGAUAAAGCAAAACAGAGCAUUAGAACGAAAUGUACAGAAUACUUGGACAGAGCAGAAAAGCUGAAAGAAUAUCUGAAAAAGAGACAAAAAACUGCACCAAAACCAGUUAAAGAGUCUGGUCCUACUGAUGGAAAAGGGAAUGACAGUGAUGGGGAAGGGGAGGCAGAGGAUCCUGAAAAAAAGAAGCUGCAGAAUCAACUUCAAGGAGCCAUUGUUAUGGAGCGACCAAAUGUCAAGUGGAGUGAUGUUGCUGGCCUCGAAGGUGCCAAAGAAGCACUUAAAGAAGCAGUGAUCUUGCCAAUUAAAUUUCCACACCUGUUUACAGGAAAGAGAACACCCUGGAGAGGGAUUCUCCUGUUUGGACCACCAGGAACAGGAAAGUCUUACUUAGCAAAAGCUGUGGCAACAGAAGCAAACAACUCUACCUUCUUCUCAGUAUCUUCCUCUGACCUUGUCUCAAAGUGGUUAGGUGAAAGUGAAAAACUAGUGAAAAACUUGUUCCAGCUUGCCAGAGAAAACAAACCUUCUAUUAUCUUCAUUGAUGAGAUAGAUUCCCUCUGCGGGUCAAGAAGUGAAAAUGAAAGUGAGGCUGCUAGACGGAUAAAAACAGAAUUUCUAGUCCAGAUGCAAGGGGUUGGUAUUGACAAUGAAGGAAUCUUGGUCUUAGGAGCGACAAACGUACCCUGGGUUUUGGAUUCUGCUAUCAGGAGACGGUUCGAGAAGCGUAUUUUUAUUCCUUUACCUGAAGACCAUGCCAGGACUUCGAUGUUCAAACUUCACCUUGGGUCAACUCCAAAUCUCCUAACAGAAUCAGAUUAUCGAGAGCUUGGAAAGAGAACUGAUGGCUAUUCUGGUGCAGAUAUAAGCGUCAUUGUACGUGAUGCACUGAUGCAGCCUGUUAGGAAAGUGCAAUCAGCUACUCACUUUAAAAAA